AGAAAAAGAAUACAUAUGCACAGCAGAAGAGCUCUGCAGCUCUUCAACAGGCUCCUUUAAAGGACAGUUAAUUGCGCAGGCGAUGAAUCAUGAAGGGCACGCAACAAACAUCCCGUCGCAGGUAAUUUGCCUGCCGCCGCCGCUGCUGACGCCGUCGCUGGGCUGGGCGGCAGUGCAGCCGUCACCCGACCGCACCAGUGUUCUCGUCCGCGGACGCCACGAGUGUCAGCUCGUGCGUCUCACCUCAAGCAACGAACUCGCAUGGCAUCAUCAACGCGUUGCCACACAGGAGCGGGAUGCACGGCUGGCCGAGAAUCGAAUGGUGCUCCUGCAGCCGCACCGCACACUCACCGCCUCCUGCUGGGUGUCCGCAGGCGCCGGUGACGCUAACACACAACAGCAGUCACAACGUAGAAGCGGCAACCCGGCUGACCGGACAGAAGAGGCCUCGGCCUUGGGGGCGGUAGUCGCACUCGGCGAUGACCAGUCCACAGUCUCCGUGCUGCGCGCCACACACCACAACCCAGACGGCAGCGUGGAGUGGGUACAGUCGACCAUGUUUCUCCAUGAUGAGCAAUCUCGCCUCUUCACCACCACCGCUGCCGCUACAGCCGCAACAUCCAACGCCUCGCUGAAGUCGUGUUGUUGUUCUGCUACCUGGACAGCAGUGGAGACGAUCAUCCCUUGUCAGCAAGAGUAUUCCUUCUUCCAUGGCGAUCCACUAGGACAACACCACAACGGUGGUGCCACCGACGGGUAUUUGUUUUGUCAGCGUAGAGGUGAGGGGCGCUACGGCGGCGGCGGCGACGGAGCCGCACGUGCCUCUGCGCGCGUGACAACGCAUCGUUUGUGGAUGGCCGCCGUAGCGCGCGAGGCGGCGUGGGCGGUGCCUCUGAGUAUGCCGGACGACGACGAGGACAAUGAUGACGUUGCCGCGGAUGCCGCAAGCAUCAACAGCGGUGUCCGGGCGAUGCGUACCCCGGAGGGAAAAAGCACGACGGCAGGCGUCAAAAAGCCGGUGGGCGGCAGCGAUGGGGUGCGGCGAGGCGUGCGCAUCUUCGACGUCCGCCGACGUGCUCCAUCCGCGGUGGAGGAGGGUGCUGCGAUGCCGCAAGAUGAACCGCCGGCGCACCGUCACCGCCGCCGCCCCUUCACGGCCGCGGGAGGGGGUGUUGCUGGCCCCACAGCUGGCCGCGUCUUUGCCGCCGCCUCCCACCGCCACGUCGGUCUCUUCUCGACCACCACUGUCACGCCCACCGUGUUUUUCAACCUCCCCGACCGGUUCAACGCGCGGUGCGACUUGCCAUCGCCUAUGACCGCAGGAUUUAGCCGUUGGGCGGUGACGUCGGUGCUGGAGGCCCCGCCUUCAUCUCUCGCGGCCUCUCCGGCAGUCCAGGAAAGCCCGUACGCUUACCUCAUCACCGUGUCACGUGUGGGUCCCGCGGCUGCCCACUGGAGCACUAUAGGCGAAGACCGCUGGUGGAUGCUGUAUGACUGCCGUAAGCCUUCCGCACCGGUCUGGGCGGCCGAGGCGCCGACGUGCUCCCCUGCGUGGCAGCCCAAUACAGCGAACGUGUCAUCCUCGCAUGUGACUCGCACAACUGCGAGCAGCGACGAAGCAUGCGCAGGUGUGGUAUCGACCUCGUCGUUCGAUGACGCGAGCACGGAGUGGCUGUGCCCUGCGGCGCCGACGGCGGUGUCCGCUGCCGCCCUGGUAUGUGCCUCGUACGUGCCCUGCGCGGGUGCGGGGGAGGUGAUGCAGGCGCCGAUGGGCAGGCCGUCGUCCACUCGCUCGUCCUGUGGGGUGUGUGUGGUGAUGACGGGAGGCGGGGCCACGGCACCGUCGAAUCGUGGCCUCGAGCAGAUUGGCCAGGAAAGCGGUCACAAGCGCAGCCGCACUGACGUGCAGGGUCCACGCGUCACGGUGGACGAGGAAGCGAUGGGUGCCAGCGAUGCGGCGGCAGCAGCAGCGGCGACGGCGGCGGCGCCCAUCAUGUACGAGCUCGCACCUCCGCCUUCUCUCGCGUCGAUUUGCAUCGGUCAAGGGUGCCGUGUGCGGGCGUUGAGCUACAGCGAUGACGUGCUGACGUACUGGUGUACCCGCCGUUGA